AUGUCCGAUAAUUAAUAAUCGUCUGAAAUUCCAGAAUAAAAAAUCAUGAAUACCACUCUUUAAUAAGAUUAACCUUAAGAAUCAAAAGUUCUUAAUACUUGGGCUAGAUCAUCAAAAGAUUUGAUAGAUAAAUAUAAAAAUAAAUUUGAUGCAUUUAAAGCCAUGGCUGUACAUGCAAAUUAUAAUGAAUCUAUUUAAUAAUAAAUCAAUAUUGAAACUAAAAUAGAUCAAUUUAAUAAACUAGAAGUAAAUCAAGAUCAAAAACCAAUUUAAAAUAAUAAUCUUAUUGGAUCCAAUUAAAUUAAUACUAAUCCUUUAGAAAGAAUAUCUGUUAAUCUUUAAUAAAAUGAUUCUAACGAACAUUUAAUUUAAUAAAAUGAAAUUAUUGAAUAAACUAUCCAAAUUUAAGAGGAAUCUAAUAAAUCAAUAGAACCUAUUGAAACCUCUUGCAAAUAAGAACUUUUAAAUUAGUCUAUAGGUUCUAUAAAAUAUGAUCUUGAUUUGAAAGUUACUGAACAAAUUAAUCUUGAUCUAUAACCUACAAAAUAGGAAAUUGUAUCCAAAAAAAAAUUAGAUAACUUAUAUAAUUUAGAGUUUGGAUCCAAAAACUAAGAAAUUGUUGAAUAGAAAACAGUUGUCAAUCAAGAUCCGCCUGUUGUCACAAAUACUUAUAUCGAAUUGUUAGAUUAAUUCAAAAGUGCUUCUACAUUAGAAGAUCUAACUGAUUUAUUUAACCGUAGAACUCCUUUCAAAGAAAGAAGCAAUCAGUAAGAUCUUCCUCUAAAUGUAACAAAUACUGAGUAUGAUAUCACAAAUUCUAAUUUUAAUGUUGAUUAAAAUUAAAAAUAAAGAACAAAAAAUUUGGAAAACCUUUUAUAAUAAUUUAAAACUCCCAACAAAUUAAAUUAGGAUGUAUAAUUAGAAAAUGGUAGUGGUAAGAAUGGUGGAACUUAUCUUAACUCUUAAGUUCCAUAAGUUAAUAUUAAAUUAUCGAAUGGUAAAUCUCCAAAUGCAAGAUUUGGUUUCAUAUAAGCAAGUCCUUCUUAAUAAUUUAUUGGUACAUCAGGUUAGAAAACAAAAAAAGAAAAUACUUAUCUUAAUACUAAGGUACAAUAAACGAUGAAUUUUUCAAUUGAAGUUAAGGAUAAUGUUAAACCUUAUAAAAGAAAAGAUGAAUUAUCAAAUUUUAUGGGUAAAUUAGGAUUAGGUAAAUAUGAAGCACCUAAAGUAACAAUUAACUUAGAUUAAUAAAAUGGAUAAAGUAUAUAAUUUUAUUAUUGAUAGAUGCCUUUGAUAGAUUGAAACAUUAUGUAAAUAAUAUUGGAAAUACUAGUGCAAAGAGAACAUCAAGUUCAGGUUUAGAUGAAUUAGUAAAUGAUAAAUCAUUUAACACUUGCACUUUUAAAUAAUAAAUGAAAGCUUAUAAGAAAGAUAAAGGAGAUAGAGCAGAAUCUAUAUAAAAAACAGGAAUUUCUAUAGAGAAUCCUAUGUUGCAAGAUUAAUCAUUUAAAAAUCUCCAUCUUAAAUUAUUACAUCAUCAGAGAGCAAAUUCUUAAGUUGGAAAAGCUGUAAGGAUUUGA